AUUCCCAUCUUCUUCUUGGAAAUUGCUUGGGGCAAUUCAUGAAGGCUGGAAGCAUCACUGUAUGGAACAUAGCGCCACUUUUCAAAGGACUGGGAAUCGCUUCCAUGGUGAUUGUCUUCUACUGCAACACGUACUACAUCAUGGUACUUGCCUGGGGCUUCUACUAUCUGGUGAAGUCUUUUACAGCUACCCUGCCAUGGGCAACCUGUGGGAAUCCCUGGAACUCCCCAGAAUGCGUGGAAAUCUUCCGACAUGAAGACUGUGCCAAUGGCACUGCCAGCAGCAAUCUUACCUGUGAUGAACUUUCUGACAAGCGGUCACCUGUCAUCGAAUUUUGGGAGAACAAGGUGUUGAAUAUUUCAAAAGGCCUAGAGUAUCCUGGGGCCAUCAACUGGGAAGUGACCCUGUGCCUCAUGUCUUGCUGGGUCCUUGUCUAUUUCUGCGUUUGGAAAGGCGUCAAAUCUGCAGGAAAGAUUGUCUACUUCACUGCUACAUUCCCUUACGUGGUGCUCAUUAUAUUGUUGAUUCGAGGGGUGAUGCUGCCUGGAGCUCAGGAUGGGAUAAUUUACUAUCUCAAACCCGACUGGUCCAAACUGGCUUCCCCUCAGGUGUGGAUUGAUGCUGGGACCCAAAUCUUUUUCUCCUAUGCCAUAGGACUGGGGGCACUCACUGCCCUGGGCAGCUAUAACCGAUUCAACAACAAUUGUUAUAAAGAUGCCAUCAUUCUGGCACUAAUUAAUAGUGGGACCAGCUUCUUCUCCGGUUUUGUAGUCUUCUCUAUCCUAGGCUUCAUGGCUGCAGAACAGGGAGUUGAUAUCUCUAAAGUGGCCGAAUCUGGACCUGGGCUGGCUUUUAUUGCCUAUCCAAGAGCUGUCACUCUGAUGCCAGUUGCUCCCCUCUGGGCUGCCCUUUUCUUCAUGCUGCUUCUUCUGGGUUUGGACAGCCAGUUGUAGGCGUCGAAGGCUUUAUAACUGGGAUCCUGGACUUCUUCCCAUCCAGUCAUGCCUUCCGAUUCCAGAGAGAGAUCACCGUGGCCA